UAGCCAAUUGCCUUUGACUCUUCAACGCCUGCUAGAGCCAGCACUUGAAUAAUUAACGUUCACUCACUAACACAGUCAUUACCAGUAAUUAAAUACUACUACUUUCUAGAUUAAUCCCCCGUGAUGUCCUCCGCAGCAGUCCGUAGGGUACUACCAAUGGCCGCCAUUAUCUCCAAUCCGACGUCGUUGAAGCACGGACUUUCUCUAUUUUGUCCGGAAUUGCACUCCUCAGCUUCUUGUUCUUCUUUUAAUCCUUCCAGACGCUUCCAAAGAAGAAACUUCGUAGCCGCUUCUACCUCCUCCUCCUUCGCCAACGACAAUCGAGAGUUUGUGAUUGUGGGAGGGGGAAAUGCAGCUGGAUAUGCAGCUAGGACUUUCGUCGAGCACGGAGUGGCUAAUGGAAAGCUUUGCAUUGUCUCCAAAGAGGCACAUGCACCAUAUGAACGUCCAGCUCUGACAAAAGCUUAUCUUUUUCCUUUAGACAAAAAGCCAGCACGUUUACCGGGUUUCCACACUUGCGUUGGCUCAGGUGGAGAAAGACAGACACCAGAUUGGUACAAGGACCAGGGAAUAGAGAUGUUUUAUGAAGAUCCUGUAACAGGCAUUGACAUUGAAAAGCAAACCUUAACAACAAAUUCAGGAAAACUGCUCAAGUAUGGUUCCCUUAUAAUAGCUACCGGAUGCACGGCUACCAGAUUUCCAGAGAAAAUUGGAGGAAAUUUACCUGGUGUCCAUUACAUCCGUGAUGUUGCUGAUGCAGAUUCUCUGAUAUCCUCAUUGGAGAGAUCAAAUAAAAUUGUUGUAAUUGGCGGUGGCUAUAUUGGCAUGGAAGUUGCAGCUGCAGCUGUUGGCUGGAAACUUGAUACUACUAUCAUAUUUCCAGAGGAACAUUUGUUGCAAAGGUUAUUUACUCCUUCUCUUGCCCAAAAAUAUGAACAACUUUACUCAGACAACGGUGUCAAAUUUGUUAAGGGUGCUUCCAUAAAAAGUUUAGAAGCUAAUUCAGAUGGCCACGUCGCUGGCGUCAGACUUGAUAAUGGAUCUACUAUAGAAGCUGACACGGUUGUUGUUGGUAUUGGAGCAAAACCUGCUGUUAGUCCCUUUGAUAGCAUUGGUUUGAAUAACAAAGUAGGAGGAAUACAGGUAGAUGGGCAGUUCAGAACAAGUGUUCCUGGAAUUUUUGCUAUUGGAGAUGUAGCAGCAUUCCCUUUAAAGAUGUAUAACCGAAUUGCAAGAGUUGAGCAUGUUGACCAUGCUCGGCGAUCUGCCCAGCAUUGUACCAAGGCAUUACUAACUGCAAACACUUCCACGUAUGAUUAUCUCCCAUAUUUUUAUUCAAGAGUUUUUGAAUAUGAAGGCAGCCCGAGGAAAAUCUGGUGGCAGUUUUUUGGGGACAAUGUUGGAGAAACCGUUGAAAUUGGGCAUUUCGAUCCAAAGGUUGCAACUUUUUGGAUAGACUCGGGUAAACUUAAGGGGGUCCUGCUUGAAAGUGGAAGUCUUGAGGAAUUCCAAUUGCUACCCAAACUGGCUAGGAACCAGCCUUUAGUCGACAAAGCCAAACUUCAGAAUGCUUCUUCAGUUGAGGAGGCGCUUGAAAUUGCCCGAGCUUCCUUGCCGGUUGAGGCUGUAGCUUAGUUAACAUGGACAGGGAGUCAGACUCUCUACUCGGCACAUGUACCCUCGCGUGCAUCACAACGUCACAGAGAGCGUCCUUGGUGAUGUAUCAGACCAAGCGGCUCAAUCAAUAAAUCUUCCUUUUUGUUGUGGGAAGGUAGAACUUAGAAAUAGGAUCUUUGUCUGGAACUCGUUGGCUUUUAUUUUAUUCUCCUUCGGUGUUGCCUAACUUUUUCUCUCUUAUGCGUUACGACCAUUUGGCGGGGCACCAAUCCGAUUUGCCCAGAAAGGUAUAAAAUGUCUCUAUUAUGUAGCUGUUGGAAGCUUGGGUUCCUUUGUAUACAUAUAACCUUCUAUUCUGUAUUAGAUUAUGUGUACUCCAG